UGCCCUGCCGGGACUUUCUCCUUACUCCCUUCCUCCCCUCCCCCGCUCCUCCUCAUCACCCCCCUGGUUUGUGUAUGUUCCAUGCCUGCCUUGGCAACAAGGGUACGAGGAGUGUCGCCUUCAGUGCAGGAUCUUCCAUCCUAUACUAUUCCAAAGGAUCCUCCUCAUCAUCCUUCCCUGCCCUCCCGCAACCCUCCCUCCCGCUCCUCCUCCUCCUCCCUCUUUGUUUGUUGAUCGGUGUUGCUGUGCUUCGCCUUCACGCCCACUCUACCCUUCUCUCAUUUCGUUCCCCGUCCAUUCCCCUUCUCCCCACUUCCAUCUUCACACACAUUUCUUGCUCUCGUGCCUGCGUGCCUCUAAACUUCCCCUCUCCUCCGUAAUGACCACUCCCUCGUCCCUGCCUUCCCCUGCCCAAGCCUUGCCCCCACUCUCCCGGAUUGGUUCCAACUUGCCCUCUGAUCCCGACGACUCUGACCUCGACUCUUCCUUCUUCCUCGUCUCUGGCUCCCCGGAAUCCCACGACGACUGGAGCGAUGACCACCUCGAUUCCAACGACGAUUCCGAUCACCAUGCCCACUCCUCUGAUUCCGAGGAUACAACGGCUGCAGGGACUUCCAAGCCUAAGAACCACCCUCACAAGAAGCAUUCUUUUAAUUCCGCAUCUGACUAUCUCUCCUUCUUUAUUGCGCUUCGCAAGGGUUUUUGCUCUCGCAAUUUGGACGACAGAAUUGAAAUUUAUAAAUCUCACAAUUGUGUCGACAAAGUCAAUUCAUCUGGAGGAGGUGAUUCAGCACAGCAGAAAUGGAAAAAAACUACCAAAGCUGGAGUAGGCGGUGCCAGUGAAGGGACUUGCAGCUAUCGGGACUUCGAAGUGUACACUCAUAAAGAUCAUGAGGAUGAUUCCUCAUUCAGUGCAAUGUUCAAGUGUACCGCAACGGACAUUCCCAAAAACCUCCUCAAAAGAGCGAGUCUCUUAGGAAACUCUGACGAACAGCGCAUGGACGCGCACAAAGUGGAUGCUGAGGCCGUGAAUGAGAGUGACGAGAACAAGAAUGGAAAGGAAGACAGUCAGAAAUCUGAGAAGGAAAACGUUGAAAUGACAGUGGUCUUAAAGCGUGAUGUGAAAGCUCAUCUACUGAAGUUGGCAGACGAGCUGCGAUUACUACAAAAUCCCUGUAAGGAUUUUACUCACCAAGAAUAUGAGGACAUCCAUGUAGAAAUAGGGCUCUCUGAUUCACAGACAAAUUGUGCAAAUCAAUCCAAGCUAAGGAACGAGAAUUUGAAGUCUAUAGAGGACGAACAGAUUAGCAGCCACAGUGUAAAUUCUGAUAAGCAAAGCUGUUGGCGGGAAUCCGAUUCUAAAUGUCAGCACGGCAAGAGUGAUUGGAAACAUGCUGUGCCAGAUUACUCACCUAAGUCUUUGAAAAUUCAAAUUCAAGCAGCGUUGAUGGACAACAAGUUAGAAUCGAAAGAGAAGGGUGCUGUGACUUCGGAGAAUGAUUCAAUUGCGCAACCUAAACAUUUGCAAGAGAAAUCGACUUCUCUUAGUGAUGAUUCAAACGAGACAGCAGAGAUGACUGAUGUGCGAACUUCUUUGGAGAACAAGCGUGCUCAGUCGGAGGUAUCAAGUGACGAGUUCAAGUCACAGGAUGUGCCUCUUCUUCACAUAUACAUGAAAGAGAAGCACCAACCGGAGAUUGUUGCCAAGGAGCCUAAGCACAAGAGCAAGGCUAAGAAGGUUAAAGCCUCAAAAAAGAAGAAGCUACAUCUGUUCCGAGAUGGUUUUACCCUUCCUUCAGCAACAAAGCCCGUUGGAGAUGCCAAUUCAGCUCAGCUAAUUGCUGGAUUUGGAAAUGAAGUUCAAGCUUCUAAUGCCACAAUCAAAAUUCCAAUUUCGAGGGAAGUUGCGGCAACUGCGGAUGAUAUGCAAUCACCAACUAAAGAUAAGAUGCAGAUCAGUGCCAAGAAGAAGGUCGCCGAAGUUAUUCUGGGAGACACAACUGAACUAUUAUCUUCGUCAAAAAGUACACCUACACGUGUUCAUCCUAUCAAAGCUCGAGCCACAGAUGCAAAAGCGUACGACUUUACUCGCGCAGUUGAUGUCUCACAAGAUGCACUUACGAUAGGUCCAUCACCUUCUCUUGCCAACAACCUGAGCACGGGAGAAGGGGAUUCAACGAAGAUACCUGCCACGGAAGGUCGACACCGGGACCAAACAUAUCAGGGAGCUCAGAAUGCUGGAUAUUCCGAAGAGAAACAUGUGAAAGCGAUGCUUACACCAACGCUUCCUCAAAUAUCAAGCAGAAGGUGCUUUCCUCUUUCAGAUGUUGGUACUGAUACAACAUCUAAACUUGCCACAACUUUGAACGAAUCUCUCUUGGUGCCAAACCGAUCAGUUGCCAGCUCUCUUGCCUCCACAAUAAGCCAUCCUAUGAGCUUCUCUUCAGACGAACCAGAAUCCAACUCUGAAACCGUCGGAAUUAUUCAGGGAAUUUUGACACCUGUGGGCAACACCAUUAGCACGGCCGGUCCUACACAAUCCUCUUUUGUUGAAACACCCUUGACUUCGUAUCGUUCAGGAAAAAGAGUUAGGACUGCUGCAGCAGCUUCAUCCUGUCCCAGAAUGUCGACUACGGAUACCAGGAAUUCCCAUAAUUCUAGAUUGGUGCAGCAGCCAGUUUCUCAGAAUCAAGCCCACGCUUCUAACUCUGUACCAACACUGCCAUUGCAGCUGGAUAUCAACCCUCCUGCUUGGUUCAACGCUGAUGGCAGAGCGAACGGCAACUUCCCGCGGGUUCAGUCAGGGACAAAUUCUAGGCCCGGUUUCCCAUUCCCAGCCGUUUCAACUACUUCACCAUUUUAUGGCCAGGGGUCGUCUGCGAUUUCUGGGAGACUAGCGACUUCGGCAGCAGAUGACGUAUCCAAAGACAGCUGGAGUAAUCUACGUGCUAAUGUUCCAGAAAGUGGUCAAGUGAAUGUACCCCUCGAACCUGUGUUGCCAUUGGCAACAGCACAACUGUUUUCUUUUCCAUCUUCAAUAGACAACGGUGGAGUAAAAUCUGUUUGGCCAGGCGUUACUCCAACUGGGUUCGCAAGAAAAUUGCCUGAGCAAACGGCAGCGCCAUCUCCCAUGGUUCUUUGGCCGCAUCUAUAUCCCAGAUCAUCUUCUACUGACAACGCCAAAGCAAGUACCCUGCACAUGGAGACUGGAGAAGGUAACAACCCUCAAUCUGAUAUGGGUGCAAGACUGGAUUCCGAGUCAGAGGUGCUAAGCUUUUCACCACUUCCUGAAUGUGGAGUUCGAAGCACAACACAAAGGCCGAAACUAGCGUACAAUCCACUAGCUGCAGAACAGGAUCGGCAACGACAACUUUUAGAGGCGUUAAAGCCUCCAGGGUGGUCGACAUUGUCAACUGAACAUGAUUUUCAUCAGAACAUACAGUAUGGAAACAGUCAAAGGUUACAGGACAACCAAUUUUUUUCUCCUGCAUCAUUGCCUCAAAGGUUCGAGCAACUGAAGCUCAAUAAUAUGAAUGGAGCCAUGUCUUUCCAAUCAUCAGCAACAACUCCAACCCAGUUUCCCUUACAAUAUCAGAUGGACCAUGCUCUUCCUGACAGCCUCAGAAACGACUUUGGUCUCACCAGGUUAGGCAGCACACACACUUUUUCAGCCAGGAAGGAAGAGCCACACUUGGUGCAUCCACCAGCAACUGCCUCGGAGAUGGUGACAGGAGCUGUAAACCUUGAUCAAUCACACCUAUGCUGCUACUGCUUCACAAGGAGGGCUGAGCACCUAGUUAUGGAUUGCCAACAUUUAGGCCCUUGUUUGGAAUGCGCGGCGAGCAUGAAGAUAGAGUACUGCAGGCAACCGAAUUGUCUGACAAAAGUCACAAAAUUGCUUCGUUAUUUUCUGUGAUCUUCACCACUGCACUAUUGCACUCGGAGCUAAGGGCUUCGUGCAGCAUCAACGGGUUAUUAUUGUAUUACAUGUCCCACCAACGGAGAAAACUCUUUCUUUUACGGGCCGGACAGUAUGAUCAGCUUGUGAAGUUGUGAGGAGGGUUGGCAAUCGGUUUGAAAAUGGUCAAACCGGUUUGGGUUUUGUUGGGUCGGUUUCAAACCGGCUGGCAGAAUCCUUAGAUGGUUUGGAACCAAAUUGACCCCCCGUGGAGAACGGGGUUUGAACCGGUUUACAACAGGUUCUGAGGCACAAGCCUGUGUUUGUUAGUUAUUUUCUACAUUAAGCCUCAUUGUUGCUGGAUAGAUCAGUGUGCAGCAGAACCGUGUGGACAUGAUGGAGUGAUCUCUGCACAUUCAUCUGGCUUGUACACGAGAUGACCGAUCGCUUUUGGUGCUACUAAUCGAUCGACUUUGGUGCGGGUGUAGUUGUGAGAGAGUUGCUUCAGGUCAGGGCCGAGGAUAGUGGGCGACGCAAUACAAGAGAUUCUCCAACACUAUGUCAAAGGUGUCUUUGAAGGGUGCGAUAUCUGCGCCACGCUCCCCUUGGACGAUUUUGCGGGGGAGAUGUAGUGUUGCGGGGGAGGUGCUUGGGAUACUGCAGAUACGCCGUGGAGGGGUGAAAUAGGACAGGAAUGCAGCCAGCAACGAGAGAGUCGAACUCGGAGCGGCGAGUGGGGCUAUCGCCGGGUGGUUGCAUGCAGAAGUGGGAUGUGAGGAAGACCUUGGUGACGUGCGCUGGUAUCAACUUGUACUUGACAAAUACUAGCAAGCUUUUGUGGCGUUCGCAUUCUAGGAAGUAGCAGCCUCUGUGUGCUGAUGCGGUGUAGCACCGUUGCGGCAACUUUACAAGUGAAAUGUUGGUGCAAUUGUCAAUCAAUUAUUCAUUCUGCUUCGCUUUUGUGAUCUGGUGCUACCUGAAAUUGUUGUGGCAAAGUUAUCAAUUCUUCCUGGAAUUGAUACAAAGAUGUAUCAAUCUUUGCAACCGAGUAUUUGUUCAUCCUGAA